AAUGGCCGAUGGGCCGAUCAUCGAUUGUACAAAGGGGGGCGCUUUCUUGAUUACCUACUUAAUUGCACACCUUUCAAGUUGCUCCCUGACCUCCAUAAAUCAAAAUCUACCAGUACCAUUAUUAUUACAACAACUCGUAAUAAUCCCGUUAUUCUUGUGUUAUUUUCUAAAAAGAUAAAGAAAAACAAUGGGAAACACCUCCUCGAUGCUCACUCAAUAUGACAUUGAAGAAGUCCAAGAACACUGCAAUCACACCUUUUCUUUGCAAGAGAUAGCAUCAUUGUAUCAGAGGUUUUGUCAGCUGGAUCGCAACGGGGGUGGCUUUAUUUCUGCUGAGGAGUUCCUCUCCGUCCCCGAAUUCGCUGUCAAUCCCCUCUCUCAGAGAUUGUUCCGCAUGGUGGAUGGACUGAAUUUUAAAGAGUUUGUUGCUUUCUUGUCUGCAUUUAGUUCCCGGGCAACCCUGCAACAAAAAGUGGAAUUCAUUUUUAAGGUUUAUGAUUUGGAUGGCAAUGGAAAGGUUGCAUUCAACGAUAUGUUGGAUGUUUUGCGGGAUUUGACAGGGCAAUUUAUUUCUGAACAACAAAGGGAGCAAGUUCUGACUCAUGUUUUAGAAGAAGCAGGCUACAAAAAGGAUUCUUUCCUGGGUUUAGCUGACUUCAUGAAGAUACUUGGAAAUUCCGGACUGAAGAUGGAAGUUGAGGUUCCAGUAGAUUAAAAUGGAAUCAGUGACAUGUUUUUCAUCCUAGAAGUUGAAAUCCGACAUUGCUGUGCCAGUCCAUUAUAUGGAGAAUGUUGUAUUUAUUAUUAUUUGCCAUUGUAUCAUCCUGGUACAACAUGUACAUGGAUGAGACUGUUUAUGGAUAGCUGUACUAUAUAAUGCUUUUUGUAGACUUAGCAGUCACAAAUAGGUUUUACAUUAAUAAUAAGAUUAAAGGGUUCUUAACA